AUGGCGCCGGACGCAUCCAGCGGUUACGUUGCUCCCAGCAACCUCGCCGAGGCCUCCGGGUCGUCGUCCCUUCCGAUCUUCGACGUCCAGCCUGUUCAGCUACAAUUCCCUAUCGCUGCAGACUUCGUGGCCGCUCAGGUGGCCAACAAUGUACUUAUUCUGGCGCUCGCCACUGGCCGCAUCCUACGAAUCGACCUCGAUAGUCCGGAAGACAUUGACGAUAUCGACCUUCCACGGAAAUCCUCAGAAAUAGGACUCAUCCGGCGCAUGUUUCUGGACCCUUCUGCCUCCCAUUUGAUUAUAAACACCACGCUUGGCGAGAACUAUUACCUACACACGCAGUCCCGGCAGCCCAAGCCACUGUCGCGGUUAAAGGGCGUGCUGAUCGAAUCUAUUGCCUGGAACCCGUCUUUGCCGACUGCCUCGACGAGGGAAAUCCUCGUCGGUGCGGCGGACGGCAAUGUCUAUGAGGUCUACAUUGAACCGUCUUCUGAGUUCUACCGACGCGAAGAGAAGUACGUGACGACAGUUUACAAGGUCCCGGAGGGCUCCCCUGUGACGGGAAUCUGGGCCGAAACUGUCCCUGUAAAAGCUGCCGAGCAGUCCCGCGUUCUGGUUGCAACCCAUGGAGUGCUUAGGUGUUUCAUAGGGCGUGCUGGGCGGCAUGGGCGCGAAGGUGGCAGUUCAAUCUAUGCAGAACUGUUUCAAAAGGAGGCGCCCUUGGUCCACGAAAUCCAGAAUGCCUCCAACUCAGUACCAUCUUCAUUGGCAAUCUCUCCGGCUCCAACCGAUGGACCCCAGGCGGACAGUCCCUCGGAGAAGGAGUUCGCGUGGCUUAGUUCCCAUGGUGUGUAUCAUGGCCAGCUCUCAAACGCUGCAGAGCAGCUCAGCCGGCCAUACGAGUCUGCAACUUUGCUCCCGCGAUCGGCUUUCCCAGCUAGUGAGUCUGCGAGAGGGGGCAAAAAGCUGAUCCAGGACCCGAUCACUGCGAUGACGUUGUCGCAGUGGCAUAUCAUCGCACUUGCGGAAGGCAGAGUUAUUGCUGUGAAUCGGCUCAGUGAAGAGAUUAUAUACGACCAAGUUGUUCUCGAGCCAGGACAACCUAUAUUGGGACUCCUGACAGACGUCAUGAAGAGCACGUUCUGGCUCUUUACCAGCCAGACAAUUUACGAGAUCGUGGCCCAUGACGAAGAUCGGGAUGUCUGGAAGGUCCUGCUCAAGGCAGAGAAAUUCGAGGACGCGAUGAAAUUUGCCCGCGGGUCGGCCCAGAAGGAUGCUGUUGCGACUGCAUCGGGCGACUUCCUGGCCAGCAAAGGGCGGUAUCUCGAAGCGGCCAAGAUCUGGGGGAAGAGCAGCAAGGGCUUUGAAGAGGUCUCUCUAACUUUAAUCAAUCGCGGCGAGCAUGAUGCUCUCCGCAAGUACCUUAUAUCUCAGCUGUCGACGUACAAGAAAUCGUCGACUAUGCAGCGAGUCAUGGUUGCCAGCUGGCUUGUGGAGAUUUUCAUGACGAAACUUAACUCUCUUGAUGACAAUCUUGCCACCAAGGCCGAGCUCGCUGAGGGGACGACGACUGGAGACAUCAAGGACCAGCUCAGUAGUGUGCGAGCGGAGUUCCAGGAAUUUGUGACCAAGUACAAGUCCGAUCUGGAUCAGAAGACUGUCUAUGACAUUAUCGGGAGCCACGGCAGAGAGGAAGAGCUUCUUUUCUUCGCCACGGCCACGAAUGAUCACAACUACGUCCUGUUCUAUUGGGUGCAGCGCGAGAAGUGGUCUGAGGCGCUCAACGUCUUGCAACGACAAAGCGACCCGGACGUCUUCUACAAGUACAGCAGCGUGCUCAUGGCGCAUACCGCGACAGGGCUAGUCGAUAUACUGAUGCGGCAAACGAACCUGGAUCCUGAAAAGUUGAUUCCCGCCCUGCUCAACUAUAACAAGACGGCGAAUGUGUCACUAAACCAGAACCAAGCCGUUCGAUACCUCAAUUUUAUCAUCAUGAAUCAUCCAAACCCCUCUGCAGGCGUACACAACACGCUCAUUUCGAUACACGCGUCGAGCUCGUCGACGUCGGAAGCCGGUCUGCUCACGUAUCUGCAGUCGCAGCCGUCAUCGCCGCCGCCAUAUGACGCGGACUUUGCGCUGCGACUGUGCAUCCAGCACGAACGCGUGCAGUCGUGCAUCCACAUAUACAGCGCGAUGGGCCAAUAUGCACAGGCAGUGGAGCUGGCGCUGAAACACGACGACAUCCAGCUGGCGUCGAUCAUUGCGGACCGGCCGGAGGGCAACAACAAGCUGCGCAAGAAGCUGUGGUUGCUCGUGGCCGAGAAGAAGAUCCGGCAGCCCGGGACGGGGAUCAAGGAGGCGAUUGAGUUCCUUCGACGUUGCGAGCUGCUGCGGAUCGAAGACCUGAUCCCCUUCUUCCCGGACUUUGUGGUCAUCGACGACUUCAAGGACGAGAUCUGCGCAGCGCUCGAGGAUUACUCGCGUCACAUCGAUGCCCUGCGGCAGGAGAUGGAUACCUCUGCGCAGACGGCCCGCCAGAUCCGCGCCGAGAUCGCCGCGCUGGACACCCGCUACGCCAUCGUCGAACCGGGCGAGAAAUGCUGGCUGUGUUCCCUGCCGCUGCUUAGCCGCCAGUUCUUCGUGUUUCCCUGCCAGCACGCCUUUCACUCCGACUGUCUGGGUCGCGAGGUCCUAGACGGCGCAGGCGGCAAGAAGAAGUAUAUCCGCGACCUGCGCGCGCAGCUGAGCACAGACCUGCCUACAGCGCGCAGAGAGGAAAUCGUCAGAGAACUCGACUCGAUCGUAGCAGAAGCUUGGUAA